GUUGGACUUCAACUUGGAGGUGGAGGCGAUGCCGGUUGAGAGUGCGGUGUUAAGGUUGGAGGAUUGGGUUUAUAAUGUUGCGGGGCUUUGAGUUUUGAGGUUUGAGAUUGGUUAGAGGUUGGUCACAUGGAGGUAUUCCUUCAGGCAAUUUCUCUUUGGGUUUUCUUUCUGGUGUACGUUUUGCGGAGGCGGGCGCGGGUUUGCUGGUCAUAUUUUCCUUUGUUAACUUGGAUGGAUGGAUGGAGGUUUGGUGCUGCGGUACCAUGUGCUCCUUCUCUUUUGUGAAUUCUUUGGUUUAUGGGCAACUCCAUUGCAGAGUGUUCACUCCUUCCUCAUCGAUGUUUCUUUGGGUGCAGUUCUGCUUCUUCUCCUCUUCCUCGCUCUUUUUCGGUUCCUUUUUUCGUUUCUAUUUUUUCUUUUCUCUAGAAAACUUUCGACUAUUCCUCGUGCGCAAAUAAGCACCCAUCUUCAGUUUGGCUUUGUUCCAUUUUCACCCGCCGUAGCAUCUAUGCUUUACCCCGAGCCCGUCUGAACCGGCUCCAAACAUGUGCUGAUGGCAUAGUUGGAGCCGUUUGUUGUACGAC